AUGGGCGACACUUCAACAAGAAAAUCCAUUCGGGCUCCCAACCCGCCGGUGCAAGAUAGCGUCUUCAAACAAUUCCGGUUAGAUGGCCGAACAGUUAUUAUCACUGGAGGUGCCGGUGGUAUUGGAUAUGAAAUCGGAAGGGGACUCGCUGAAGCUGGCGCAAAUAUUGCAAUCUGGUAUCACAAGUCUUCGAAUGCUGCCAAACUUGCCGAAACCAUAAGCAAUGACUAUGGCGUUCAAACAAAAACAUACCAAAUAGACGUACAAGAUUACCAGGCUGUCGAAGCUACCGUCAGCCAAGUUGUCAAGGACUUUGGAAGGCUGGACGUCAUGAUCGCCAAUGCCGGCGUACCUUCGAAGGCUGGGGGACUGGAUGACAAGGUCGAGGACUGGAACAGAGUUCGUGCCAUUGAUUUUGAUGGUGCUUAUUAUUGCCUACGUGCUGCGGGGCUCGUCUUCCGCGAGCAGGGACAUGGCGUCGGAAUUGCGACUGCCUCUAUGAGUGGACAUGCAGCAAAUGUUCCUCAGGAACAGACCUGCUAUAAUGCAUGCAAAGCUGGUGUGAUCCACCUCGCUAAAUCUCUCGCCGUCGAAUGGGCAAAAUGGGGAGGACGAGUCAACUCUGUCUCGCCUGGUUACAUUGAUACUGCUAUCUCAGGUGAUUGUCCAUUUGAAAUGAAGGAAGAGUGGUACAGUCUCACGCCCUUGAGGCGAGACGCUGAUCCUCGCGAGUUGAAGGGAAUCUACCUCUACUUGGCCAGUGAUGCCAGCUCCUACACAACUGGCGCAGACUUUAGUAUCGAUGGAGGUUACACUGCUCGGUGA